GGAAAAAAUCAUUAACCAUUCCAUGUAGUGAAGGUAUGUUUCUAAAUAUUUUUAAAGAUGAAAUUCAAAGAUAUUCACCUGCUAGGCGUUUUUAUCUAUGUUCAUUCAUGGGAGAAGAAGGUGAUGAGAAGUUAAGGAAUUUACUUGGUAACGAAGAUUGGGCAAUUAGAUAUUAUGACAAUAAUCAAUAUGCUUACGUGGAUAUUAUUAAUAAUCAAAUAAAAGUAGUAUGGAAAGAAGUUGGGUUGGUAGAAGCAAAUGGUAGUAGUAUCUCUUCAUCAAAUAUAAUUAUUAGUUUUUCAAUAGAUAAAGGAA